CUCUCCCGCCCCGGCCCCCCUCCCCUCCCCGCCGCCCAACAACGCGAAUUCGAAGACCUCGUCCGCAAAGCCCAGUCCCCCGCCGCACCCACCUCCCACGCCCCCGACGUCCACCCCGACGCCCCCGCCCCCCUCCGCGCAGAAUUCACCGGCGACGUCAACCCCGCCACCGGCGAGCGCGGCGGCCCCAAGCGCGAGCCCGUCGGCCGCUGGGCCGAGGACGGCGGCGAUUGGAGCUUCAAAGGCCGCGUCUCCGACUUCUGA